AUGACAUCGACAGCACCUCUUCGUCCUCGAGCAAGACCGGCUCAUACUCAAGGUUCAACUCACUGCGCUUAUACCCCUGAUGGUUCCAAGCUGGUGACCGUCGGUUCGAAUAAUACGAUUCGACUAUAUAAGACAGGUUUUGAUGGCGAGCCUAUCAAUAUCGACGACUGCCAAGAACAGAAUGUCAGCGUAGACGCUUCUGACAAUUCUUCGUUGUCGGCUCUGAAAGACGGCACUGUCAGUCUCUAUUCGAUACCCGAUGCUACCUUCGACAAGUUCCUCCUUCGAUGUUCUCUCCCAAUCCGGGACGUUGCACUUUCGCCAGACUCAAAGUGGUGCGCCGUAGCUAGCGACGAAUUGACUGUGAAGCUCGUCCGAACCGAUGACAAUACCCAAAUCCGUCACCUCAAGGAACACAACAAGCCUACGAAACAUAUCGCUUUCGAUACUAAAGGGUCAAUCGUUGCACUGGCUUGUACCGACGGAAUCGUAUAUGUGUAUUCGAUCUCAUCUGAUGAGCCAGAACUUCUGAAGAAAGUUGACGGCGUCAUUGGCGCAUUGGAUACCGAGUCGGAUGUUAGUGCAAAGAUCGUAUGGCACCCCGACGGGCGUGCCUUUGCAGUCCCAACUCCGACAAGAGACAUCCAAGUUGUCUCUAAGAACGACUGGGAGAAGCAACGAAUAUUUUCCAAUGGUCAUAAUGGUGAAGUUACCGCUUUGGCCUGGUCGCCGAAUGGUGCCAUAUUAGCUUCCGCCGGCAAGGACAAGAGAAUAUUGCUAUGGGAGACCAAGACCCAAAGCGUCAUUGCUAGGCUCGACUAUACCAACGUGAUAGAUAUAGCAUGGCAUCCUAGAGAUAAUCUAGUAUCGUUCACCAACUCGGAUGGUGAGGUCUACAUUCAUCCAGACUUUGUACCAGAGCAGUUUGUGCCCCUAUUAAAGCUUGGAAAGCAACCUGCCCCUUUCAUUCACGAUCCCUUAUCAGAAAUUGGAGCAAAUAUCAGAAAACCUGCAGAAACGAUCGUACCCGUGCUCAACCGAAGAAAUAGAGAAGGAAGCUAUGAUUCUCUUAUGGAUGGGCCAAUGCAAGAUGACGAUGAUUUCGUAGUAGAUGACGACGGAGCUGGAUAUGUGAUUAAUGGAAAUGGGAAACGCAUGCAUGAUGAUAUUGAUGUUUUUGGCGAGCCGAUAAGCAAGCGUCCUCACCUCGAACCGGAAUACCACGAGGCUUUCCAACCUGGGUCUACGCCCUGGCGAGGCAAUCGAAAAUAUCUUUGCCUGAAUCUUAUCGGAUUUGUUUGGACCGUAGAUCAAGAUGGACAUAAUACAGUUACUGUGGAAUUUCUACGACCACGAGUUUCACAGAGACUUCCAUUUUACUGA